CUACAAAUUGCUUAUGGUGAGAUUGUGCAAAAUGAGGUUUCCAAUAAUUCGAAUCAACAACAAAAUUCUCUUAUGAAUUAUGACUUAGAGGCUUGUAAUAAAAAUUCUCAAUUAGGCAAAAGAGUUCGCAUACAGAAGGUUGCUGUUUUUUUAGUAAAGCUUGCUCUAAGCGGAAUAGUUGUUCAAAAAUUCAUUGUAUAG